AGUUGUUUUUUUGUGCGCUGAAGGAGCUGCAGAGAUUUGGGUUCCUCCUGGAGGGCUUCUCUCUCUCCUCCCCUUGUUUGUCUGUUUUUCACAUCCCAGCUCUCCCUCACUGGCCCCGGAGCUUUGCAGCCAGUUGGGCACUUUUGUAGAUUUUUAAAUAUAUAUAUCUGUUUUAUUCAGGCAGGCAGCCAGGAGCUGCUGUGCAGUCAAGUUUUUGAGGUUUUAUCAUCCCCAGAAAAUCAGCUCCUAUGAGAACUUUCAGCCUUUUAUCCUCAGAGCGCGGGGAGGAGACAGCGGCGUUCUAGAUAGGCCGGCGGAGCGUCGCCUUGUUGUUGUGGUGGUGGUGGUGGUGGUGGUGGUGUGUGUGUGUUUUUCUUGGUUCGCUAUGCUGUUACUUGAAAAUCAGGUCAGUGUCAGUGUCUUCAGGUCUGUCGCGGAUCCUCCUGAUGAGCCGAGCCGAGCCGCCGCUGCAAUCUCCCCCCAGGUGCAGCUGGCUCUCACCGCCGUCUACACGGCUCUCUACUCGCUGCUCUUCUUUUUCGUUUACUCCCAACUUUGGCUCAUCCUGCACUACGGACACAAGCGCCUGAGCUACAGGAGCGUCUUCCUCUUCCUCUGCCUGCUGUGGUCAGCGCUGAGGACGACGCUCUUCUCCUUCUACUUCAGGAACGUGCCUCAGGCCAGCCAGCUGCAGCCUCUGCCCUUCUGGCUCCUGUACUGCUUCCCAGUAUGCCUGCAGUUCUGCACCCUCUGCCUGCUCAACCUGUAUUUCGCACAGAUGAUGUGUAAAGCCAAAGCUAAAUAUUCUCCAGAGCUCAGCAAAUACAAGAUGCCCCUGCGGCUGGCCUUCUUUCUGGUCAGCGUCUUCUUCUUAGUGGUGAACGUGACGUGCUCGCUGGUGGUGCAGAUUGACACCACUGUGGAUGCAGUCAAGGCCAGACACAUCACUCUGGCACGAGUGCUGAUUAACGACAGUCUCUUCGUGCUCUGUGCCAUUUCACUGGCCACCUGCAUCUGCAAACUGGCCAAGAUGUCCUCCGCCAACGUCUAUCUGGAGUCCAAGGGGACGUCAGUGUGCCAGGCUACGGCCACCGGAGCAGUCGUGGUGCUGCUCUACACCUCCAGAGCCUGCUAUAACCUGGCUGUGGUGGCCGUCUCGCCGAAGGACAAAGCCACACCCUUCAGCUAUGGCUGGUACAGCUUCUCUGAUCAGGUUGAUGUGGAGAAGGUCAGCGGUGAGGCCUACGUGGUCUUUGGGAUCGUUCUGUUUUUCUGGGAGUUUGUCCCCACCACUCUGCUCGUGAUGUUCUUCAGAGUGCAGCGGCCCAAUCAGAACCUGGCACCCGGUGGUAUGAUCACUAGUCACAGUUUCAACUCCAGGGCGUAUUUCUUUGACAACCCGAGGCGUUACGACAGUGACGAUGACCUGUCCAGAAGCGUCAACUCCAGAGGAGAAAGGGGCAGUAGUAUGAUUUCAUCAGCACCCCAGAUGGGCCCCAGUUGGUACGGCUCCAUCCAGCGGACGGGCAGUCUCACCGGGGCGUCCCACCUGUUCAGCGGGCCCCAGACGUCCACCGCCCCUCUGCUCCUGGCCUACGGCAACAUCCAAACCAGCCAGCACCAUAACUACUACUCCACCCCCCAGGACUACUACUCAACCCCCCAGAGCCAUUACAUCACCCCACAGAUCUGAGCCUGACGCUGCACAUCUCUCUCUCUCUCUCUCUCUCUCUCUCCCCUUCUCUUCAGUCUGGAUCGGAGUUUAACUCAGGCAGUGAGCAGGCCAAGCCGCUUUGAGGACCCCGCAGGGACCGAAUGACCAUUUUUAGUGUGGUCACGCUCCUUCUAUUCCAAUUAAUCCACCCACCCACCUCCCUGCCUCUAUCCGAGCCAGCCAGCCAGUGGUAGCCAUGGCAAUGACUGCAGGAGGCUGCGAUUCAUUCAAAAGGGACCAGACAAGAAAAAGGGGUGGCGAGGAGGUCAGCUGGUGCUGCUUUUAACCCGUAAUGUUCCUUAUUUUCAGUGUUUGCUACUUCCUUUCACAUUUCUGUGAUCAUCCAGCUGGUCCGAAUUAUGAAACGGACCAAUCCUGAUUGUUUUCUCCAAAGAGAGGCCCCCCAUCUUCUCCUGAGACAGCCCCCUUAACUUCUGUGGGCUCUGCACAGUGGAUUGUAGCCCUCUGCACACAGACUCCCCUCUGUGAGUUGGGUGCUAAUUUGCCUUAUUUGCACUUAAUAGAGGCCCAUGUCUCAUAUUCAGAUGAAUAUAGAGUGAAGAGAGGCCUGAAUGUAGUGGUUGGUCUCUAUAUUUUGGCCUAGGAUUAUUAUUAUUAUUAUUAUUAUUAUUAUUAUUAUUGUCCCCCUAAACUACAAGCUGGAGACUUAAAGACCCUGGCACGUUUCAGGGCCUCAGAGGUGCUUAUGGUACUAUGACCUAACGUGCACUGAGAUGUGAAGUGUGGUUAGAAAGGAAAGGUCUCUCAGACUCCUGACUUUCCCUGGAACUGUGUGAAAGAGGAACGGGCCACUUUUUUGCCAAAGAGCAAAGGCGUAAGGAGUUGGCCUCAACUGCGCUUUAGACGAGAUGCUGUCUCGACCUCCUACACAGAAGAAUGGAGCGUCACACAGACGGAAAAGAAGAAAGACGGAGAUGGCAUGUUUUGGGAAUGCUGCAGAUUGGUCUAUCCAUGCUAAGCCCUCAAACGGCUACUGUUGCGAGGUUGGACAAGCUUUACAAUUAAUUGCCACAUUAAUAAUUGCGAUUAACAAUUUAAUUGCCUUAUUUUGUUGAUUAUGCACAACCAUUAAAGUACAAGCUUAAUGUAGCCAAAUUGGCUGAUCUCUCCUCCUAGCUAUCUAUACUUAGUAGCUCCCAGUUGACAAGAAACACAGCUCCAGCUCAAAUAAACAAACCUUACUCACCACCGCCCUCUAAAGGUGUAAUAAACAUCAAAUAAUUACAAACAUUACUCACCACCGCCCUCUAAAGGUGUAAUAAACAUCAAAUAAACAAACCUUA